UACGGCCACAACCCUAAUCAAUUCAUAGACCAAUCACAGCAACAAUUCUAUCCCAACCAACAACAGAAUCAGCCACAGCCACAGCAGCAACAACAAGGCCUCCCUGGAAACCCGCAGUUCAGCAACUUCUUCAAUGACCCUGCGGCUUCCAUGGGGAUGCAAUUCACCCAGUCCGCCUUCCAGUCCUCCAACCAGUACAUCUCCUCCAACUUUAACCUGUACAUUGCCCGCUCGCACCUUGAGUCCUACUUCAAAAUCUCCACCAACUACGUGUUGCGCAAGAUCUUCCUUGUGUUGUUCCCUUACAGACACAAGUCGUGGUCCAGAGCUGUCGAGACAUCCUCGUCCAAUGACCAGUCAACCGCCGCCUUUGCCCCUCCACUAACCGACACAAAUGCCCCAGACUUGUAUAUCCCGUUGAUGGGGUUUGUGACGUACGUUUUAUUCGGCGCUGUCACCGCUGGGGCCAGGGGUAAGUUUCACCCGGAGAUUUUGGGCUACAAUGCCACCUCCACGUUGGCUUUUGCGGUUAUUGACUUGCUUCUCUUGAAAUUGGGGAUCUACUUGCUCGCUGAUCCUUCGAGCAGCACCCCUGGUGUGACGUACGGCGCCUUGUGGGACUUGGUGGCUUUGACAAACUACAAGUACGUCAGUCUCAUUGCCAUCAGCAUUUUGCACAAGGUUUUGGGCUUGGACAACAAGUUCUUUGCCAAAUGGGCCGUUUUUGGGAUCGUGUUUGUUGGCUGGGCCUUGUUCUUGUUGAGGUCUUUGAGAGAUGUCGUUUUGCCACCUUCGUCUACCGGAGCCACUAUGUACGGCAAUGGCUUUGGCAACAGCAGUAGCAAGGGCCGCAAGGUGAAGGUGCAGUUCUUGUUUGUUUACUGUUUCGUCGGCGAGUUUUUCAUCUUCUGGUUCUUA